ACCUGCUGGCAUCUAAUAAACUUCCUGCACCUGAAGAGUCGGUUUCCUGAUGAUGCAAGAAACUCUCCAGCCUUUCUGGGAAUUUCAGCCUGGCACACGGGAAGACCCUUCUGGUUGGCUGCCUUUCCACCUCCUGGGGACGAGCAGCCAAUCAAGGCUGCUGCAAAGGCAGCUGGAGCUCCUCCCCUCCUCUCCAGAGCUGUGUCUGGGUGAUGGAGGGGCAGGGGGAGCAGCCAACAACAUCCUUGCAGGAGGGGAAGGAAUGAAAAGAGUCCCCCUCCCUCCCCCAUCCUUGCAGCUGGGAAGGGUGAAGAGGAGCAGGCCUGGGAGAGGGUAUGAAGAACCCCUGGUACUAGAGGAGGAGCAGAGGUUGGGGUUGGAGAGCACAGAAUUAAUGCAUGAGAAUGGGGGAGAAGCUCUGGAGACACCUCUGAGUCCCAUCCCUCUCCCCCCCCCCCCCCAGCAGCAGACCCACCUUUCACUGGAACCUGCCCAGAAAGGCAGGAGCUGUGCACUGCAGCUGCUGAGCGUGAGCAGCAGGAGUAGCGCAGAGGGAGGAGAUGUCUGCGGGCUCUGGCACCGGAAAUCCCCGUGGGUUACAGCUGCAGCGAUGCUAACCCCCUGGGCACAGCCAGAGCUGCUGCUUCAGCAAGACAAGCUGUGGGGGGGGUCUCCACCAAGGCUGGGGAAAUGAAGCAGUAAGACUGGUGCCAUCAGGAUCGGGGCAGGAGACAUUGCCUGGAUCCAGUCUGGAGCAGCUGCAACCAGCGUGGGCAUCUGCCCUGAAUCCAGAGUCACUCCAGUCUGGGAUCAAGGAUCUUUCACCGUAGGAGAAAAUCGUGUUUCCCGCCCAUGGGCUCCUCCUGCUGUAACUGCAGUGACUUUUCAGGUCUGGGGCAUGUGCAAGGCACUGGUGCCAUGUGGGGGCUUGUCGGGGCACUGGUCCUGUCACACUUGGUAUCCCUGUUGUGGAAUAUUGUCUGCUGCGUGAGGCACACGGCACACAGAGAUGAGUCCAGGAAGCUUUUGCCUCUGUUCAGCAGAAGUGUGAAGCAUGUGACUGAGGAGAUUCCAGUCUAUGGAAACAUCAGUUACCUGCAGACAGGGCAAAGUUCUGGGUUUGAAAGCUCAGUGGUGCCAGAGUCCCAGGAAGAGCAGGAAUCCAGCCCCAAGAAGCCUACGUGCUACGCCAACCUCAAGAUGCUGAAACCCCAAGGCCGGCAGCUGCCAGAAUCAUCAGUGGGGGGUGCUGAGAUCCAGUACACAGAUGUGGUGGUGACGGGGCCCAGGCGGUCAGAGCCAGAGAUUUGGGGCGGGGGGCCCCUGAAGGGCAGAGAGGCUACUCGGCCGCAGUCAGAGCUUUACGCGUCUGUGCACGCAGACAGGUACACAGCGAAGUUUGAGAACCAAGACUACGCGAACAACCAUGCGGUUCCCAGCUGAAGGGUGGGGGGCUAACGGGGUUCUGUGUGCAUGAUCCAUAGCAAUAAAUACAAGCUUCACUAAUGGC